ACAGGUGCGAAGGCCUCAUCAAAGGAGAAGAAUCUUUACCAUCAACCUUUAGGAGCGUGGCAAAUGGCUUGAUCACAAAACCUUCUGCAGGCCUCAAUUAGCCUAUCGACUAUGACACAAGUCGGCUUGACCGGGGUUAGGAAGAAGAAGAUGUAUACUUCUAUACAACAUGCAUGCAUGAGUCAGCAAAGAUCAUCUUCCUUAUGAUUGGGUAUAAAUAAGAUGGCCUCCGUCUUCGUGCUCAAGUAAUUGGAAAUACAGACAGGUUCAGUAGUUGCUCAUCAUUUUCUCCUUUCAGUGUUAAAUAUGGUUUGAAGUAGGAUCUUCGAUGGGGUGAUGCAGAACAAUGGGAAAGGCAAGCAGGUGGAUGAUAAACUUCUUGCUAGGAAAAAAGGAGGAGAAAACAAAGAAGAACGACAUCUCCUUCCAUGCAGAGAAGGAGACAACACCAACUGCAACUCCAGCUUAUAAGAGGAGAUGGAGCUUUGGCAAAUCUGCAAAGAAAGAGAGAGUUUACAGGGGUCGUAGAUCUCUUGACUCGAUCAUCACCACCCCAUAUUUAGCACAUAGAUCAUCAUUUGCUUUGCCAACCGCUGAAGCUAUUAAAAAAGUUGUCGCACAAACACAUGCGGCAGAUAGAAUAAGAAAGGCAGUGGAAGAUGCAGCUGCCACCAGGAUUCAAGCUGUCUUUCGUUCUUAUCUGGCCAGGAAAGCUUUGUGUGCGUUGAGGGGAUUAGUCAAGUUACAAGCAUUAGUAAGGGGUCACCAGGUGAGGAAACAAACAACUGCAACUCUUCGACGAAUGCAUACACUCAUGACAAUACAAGCAAGAGCUUGUUGUCAUAGAGUUCAGAUGGCCGGAGAAUCACAACAACUUGCCAUGAAAAGAAAAUCAUCAAGACACAGAGUAAGUAGUCCCACUUUUGUCUGCAGUACCUUCCAAAUCACAGUAUCUUCUAGGAUGAACUAUAGGAUGCAGCUAAUUUGGAAAUGAGAUAAUGUCCAUCACCCCA